GCUCAAGCUAGGUUCUUCGUGAUAAAGAGUUAUACAGAAGAAGAUGUACAGAAAAGUUUAAAACAUGAAAUUUGGAGUAGUACAAUGUUAGGGAAUAGAAGGUUGAAUUUGGCUUUUGGUGAAAGUGCGAAGCAUAUGCCUAUUUACUUGUUUUUCAGUGUGAAUGGCAGUAGACAUUUUUGUGGAGUUGCUCAGAUGGUUUCUCCUGUCGACGAAAACCAAACUUCUACAGUUUGGGCUCAAGACAAAUGGAAAGGUAUCUUCAAAGUCAAAUGGAUAUUCGUUCGAGAUGUCCCUACAGCCGCUCUUCGCCAUAUCCGGUUGAUGAACACACCGGAGAAGAAGCCAAUCACCAACUCGCGAGACACGCAGGAGUUGCAUUAUGAAGCUGGUUGUGAGGUUUUGCAGAUUUUCUUGGAUUAUCAGACGAGGUCGAAAACUAGUUUGUUACAGGAUUUUUCGUAUUAUGAAGUG